CGGCCCCGCCCGGCACCACGCGAGGGGCGGCGCCGGCACCACGCGAGGGGCGGUCCCGGUGCCGGCCCCGCUCCCGUGCCGUGCCGUGCCGUGCCGUGCCGUGCCGUGAAGGCUCCGGCUCCGGCUCCGGUUCCGGCUCCGGCUCAGCCAUGAGCGCAGACCCCGUGGUGUUCGUGUCGGCCGUCAGGACCGCCGUCGGCUCCUUCAACGGCGCCCUGUCCGCGCUGCCGGCACACGAGCUGGGCGCCGCCGCCAUCCGCGAGGCGCUGCGGCGGGCCGGGCUGGCCCCCGAGGAGGUGUCGGAGGUGGUCCUGGGCCAGGUGCUGGCCGCAGGUGCUGGUCAGAACCCUGUUCGGCAGGCGAGUGUUGGUGCAGGAAUCCCUUACUCCGUGCCGGCAUGGAGCUGCCAGAUGAUCUGUGGGUCUGGCUUGAAAGCCGUGUGUCUGGGUGCCCAGUCCAUAAUGACGGAAGAGUCCAGCAUUGUGGUUGCAGGAGGCAUGGAAAGUAUGAGCAAGGCUCCUCAUGUAAUUCACAUGCGAGCUGGGGUGAAAAUGGGAGAGGCUUCCCUGCAAGAUAGCAUAAUCCGUGAUGGCCUCACAGAUGCUUUUUAUCAGUAUCACAUGGGUAUAACAGCUGAAAAUGUGGCCAAUCAGUGGCAAAUUAGCAGAGGGGAACAGGACCAGUUUGCUGUACAGUCACAGAACAGGGCAGAGGCAGCACAGAAAGCUGGCUAUUUUACAAAAGAAAUUGUUCCUGUUCUUGUACCUUCUAAAAAAGGUCCCAUAGAAGUUAAAACAGACGAACACCCUCGGCAUGGGAGCAACUUGGAAACAAUGGCAAAGUUAAAGCCCUGUUUUCUGACAGAUGGAACUGGGACGGUAACAGCAGCUAAUGCUUCAGGUAUAAACGAUGGAGCUGCAGUUGUAAUUCUAAUGAAGAAAUCAGAAGCUGCUAGGCGAGGUCUUAUGCCUUUGGCUCGGAUCGUGUCCUGGGCUCAGACAGGUAUAGAUCCAUCUAUAAUGGGAGUAGGGCCCAUUUCAGCAAUAAGGAAAGCUAUUGACAAAGCUGGAUGGAAUCUGGACCAAGUUGACUUGUUUGAAAUUAACGAAGCCUUUGCAUCACUAUCUGUUGCAAUAGCAAAAGAAUUGAAAGUAAACCCAGAAAAGGUCAACAUCCAAGGUGGAGCUAUUGCUCUUGGCCACCCUCUUGGUGCCUCUGGUUGUCGCAUCCUUGUUACUCUUCUACAUGCACUGGAAAGAACAGGUGGAAAGCGUGGUAUUGCUGCUCUCUGUAUAGGAGGAGGAAUGGGAAUAGCUAUGUGCGUUGAGAGAUGAAUAGAUGCUGUAGUAUGCUGACUGACAUUGAAAGAGUUCACUAAUAAACUUGUCCUGCAGCUUA